AUGAACAAGAACAAAGGGGUGAGUAAAGAUGUUUAGACACCUUAAUUUUUAGAAAGAAAGCCUUAAAAUCUCCCAUAAUCAAAUUUGAAUCCAAAGUUUAAAUAGCCAGAUUUGAAUAGAAAAUUGCUUACAAUGCCCAUUGAUUCGAAAUAUAAAGAUGUACUUGGACCAGAUACUGCAAGUUUAGUGGCUUAUCUAAAACAAAAGAAAAAAAAAGAAAAAGCAAUAUAAAAAUUAAAAGAUUCAGGGAAAAUAUAAAUAAUAAAGGAACCUAAAUAAUAAAUUGAUAGAUCCUUGCCUUAAGGAAUUUAUGAAACUGAAGAGGGAAAAUUAAAGGACAUCUCUGGAAAAAUUAUAAGAUUAAAUGACUAAGCUAAGUCACUAAAAAUAAAUUAAGAAAGGUAGAAGCUUGACAAAAUUUAAGAAAUGCUUAAAAUUUAGAACAAUUUAAAGGAUGCUUUAAAUGACAAAGGACGAUUCUUAGAUAAAAAUGUUACGAUAUAACGUAGCAAUAUAAAAAGAUAAAAAAGAAAACUUUUGGCUUUUAAUUUUAUUGAGAAUGGCAAUAAAGAUAAGGAAUAAGUAUAGUAAACCUCUAUUCAACCCUAAGAUGAAGAGAAAGAGAAAAUAGAAGUAAAGGAAAUCUAAAAUUUAACUACAACCUCAGUUCAAACGAGUUUUAAAAGAGUUUGUGUGAAGAUGAAACAUCAUGAUCCAAUUCCAAAUAUAGAAUGGUGGGACUUGCCAUUAUUUCCCGAAUAUUAGGCAAAUUAUAUUCCAUUAAAUAUUGAAAGUGAGUAGGAGCAUAAAUAGCCUGCCACAGCCCAUACUUAAGAAGAAAUACAAAAGAAUAUCACAUUUUUAGAGAAAUUAUAAUACACAGAUACAAACAUAUUAUUGGAUAAAAUAACCAAAUUACUUGAGCAUCCAAAACCAUUCAUUAUAAGUGAACUGGUACAAAAUAGAGAAAAAGCUGCUUUGCCUUCAUUUUUAACUAAAAAGGAAAGGAAGAAGCGAUUGAGAAAAAUACGCAUGGAUAUUUAGAAGGAGAAAUAAGAUAAAAUUAGAUUAGGUUUGUAGAAACCAUCUCCACCAAGAAUAACUUUAUAAAAUAUGAUGGCCAUCUUGGGAGCUGAAGCAUAAAUAGAUCCAAGUAAGGCUGAAUAAGAAGUAAGAAGAUAAAUAUAGGCUAGAUUAGAUAAACAUAUAAAAUAAAAUGAAGAAAGAAAAUUAACUAAAGAAUAAAGAGGAGACAAAUUAAAAUAAAAAUGGUAAAAGGAUGCUGCUUAAGAAAUCAGGGUUGCUGUAUUUAGAAUCGAUGAGGAUUUAUCUUCGACAGAUUUAGAAACUAAGAAACUGAAAUUUAAAGUAGAUAUGAAUGCGUAAUAAGUGAGUUUAUAAGGUGUUUGCUUAAUUGCAAAUUAAAAUGGAUAAUAGAUUGUGCCUUCAAUUUUAGUAGCAGAGGGAGGACCUAAAGGAAUAAAAUUUUAUAAGAAAUUACUAUUGAAUAGAAUAAAAUGGAGAUGCGAUGAUUCAAAACUAGGCUGCACAUUAGUUUGGGAAGGUGUAGCAAAGUAACAUGCAUUUAAUAAAUGGAGAACUAUUGAAAUUAAGAGUGAAGCUGAAGGAAAGAGAAUUCUAGCAGAAAAAGGAGUUGAACAAUUUUGGGAUUUGGCAAUGAAUAACCAUCAAAAUUGA